AGAAAUCAACAAACAGCUGAAAUGGCAGGUGCGACGCUUGCAGGACCAGUGCUCCUGAUUAUCUCUAUUUUUAUCACUUAUUUAUCCAGCGCAAAAGCAAACGAAGCUAUCUCUCAUUAUUCCUAUGUUAAAAGUGAUGCCUUAAAACACAGAGAUGUCAUGGUGGAGGGGGUACGAUCACACUUAAGAGUAAAGAGACAAAAUCUGAACCCAACAAGUACCACACAGAGAGUGACAACAACUACACUACAGACAAAUAGUCCGUCCAGACCAACAUCGUCACCGGUGACUCCAACAUCACCAUCAGUGACUCCAACGUCGCCAUCAGUGACUCCAACGUCGGCACCAUCUACAACAACAUUGCCACUUCCAACAUCGCCACCUUUGGAUAAGAACACUACUAUAGGGGUUGUUGAUGACCACACAUACUACUAUUCCAAGUUUAGUGAUGAUGACCAAGAGUUCAACAAGUACUGGGUGGACUUGGAGUCCAUGAGAGACCAAAGAGUCCACCAUGAGACACUGUCAGAUGCACAUCAAACAGCUGCUAGAAUACACCUGACAUCAAAAUUCAUCUUUUAUGGUCACACUAUCAGCCAGGUUACCAUAGCAACAGGAGGUUUCAUCUACAUGAGUGACUUUUUGCAUCAAAGACUUACAGCAACGCAGUAUGUGGCACCCCUUAUGGCAAACUUUGACACUAGGAUUGGGAAUGAAAAUUCAAAUAUUUAUUACUUUUCUAAUGAAACCAUAUUAGUUGUUCAUUGGGACAAAGUCCAUCUCAAAGACAAUCCUGGUGCUGGAAAUUUUACAUUCCAAUUGCUUUUAAAGAACAGUGGAGAAAUUUAUUUUGUAUACAAAAUCGUACCUGUGUCUGUCCCCGCUAUCUCCUCUGCCUAUCACCCGGUAAAAGUUGGUGUCUCAGAUGCCUAUUAUAUUGACAGACUUGAACCAAAUACAGGCAUGACAUUUCGCACAAUUUAUGAAUAUGACAGAAUAGUUCUGGACCUUUCAAAAGUAAGAAGCAAAAGUGUCUACAAGUUGUUUCCAUUGGCAACCUGUAACAUACAGACCACCUGUGACACUUGCACCACUGCCAACUUGGCUCAGUUUAAUUGCUCCUGGUGUCAAAAACUCAACAAGUGCUCAGAUGGCAUGGACCGCCACCGGCAGGCAUGGCAACUAAAUGGUUGUCAUCAGAAUGGCUUGACACGUUUGAGUGAAUGUUUACAUAGUACAACAACCUCAUCAAACCCCACAACUACAAGCACAUCCAGGAGAACUCCCGCAGUAAAGAGGACAACUGAUGCAGUGCGGACUGCACCUCCAAAGUUUGUCCCCACUGGAUGCCAUUUAAACACAAAACAGCAGGUUGUGUGUUCAGACAUUACCACUACUAGCGGCAAAAGCAGUCAAGCAUUGCCACAAGCGAACUCAGCCUCUGGGACCAUAGCAGUGGUAUUGAUUGUCAUCUUCAUCAUUGUCAUUUUAAUCAUCGGAACAGUGGCCUGGUUGUAUUACGCCUACAAGAACCCCACCACACGCUCCGGACAGUGGCUUAUCAAACACCGUCCAAGUGAAUGGAAAUUUUCCUUCUCUCGAGGAGGCGACAGCAACGCAGACAAGUAUCGUGUUGAUAUGCAGUCAGGACAGAGCACAGCAUGAUCGUUUCAAGGCCAUGCACAUGUGCAUGCACACUUGUGAUAACAUAGACCCCCUUACCUCAGGCCUGGCCUAUAAACAGAGUUGAGGCGGACGUCUUCACUUAGCAAGAGAAAGGGAAAAAAUAUAAGUUGUUCAUUUCUUUAGGCUCUUUUUUGAAUUGUACAGUAGACAUUUUUUACAGCUGAAUAAUUUUCUCUUUACUUUUUUUUUUUUAUCUUUUCAAUUUUUACAGGAUAUUAACAGCUGAUAACUACUCAGUUGAAUUUUUGGACACCUUAUCAAAUUUUUGCAAUUUUUCAUUUAAAAAAGGAUUAAAUAUUUAUAUACUGAUAAAUAGCAAACAAAGGUCUAAAAUAGGGCUGAAGUGUUUAUUUUUCAGGCUUAUGAUAAUGGCCACUGCAUUUCAUGAUGUUUAUUUGUUUCCAAUAGGAACAUAUAAAUCUCUGUAAACUUGGUUUAGGACCUAUCUCUAGUUUUUUAUUAUUAUUUAGUUUAUGUUGCCAAGUGAAGAUCUGUUUUCAGUAAGCUCUAAAGUUUGGUAAUUAUUCAUAAAUUUUGAACUACCCAGUAAGUCCAAAAAUUUGGAUGUAAAAUUGAUCCUGUUCAUAUUUUCAGCCCCCUCUUUUUCAGAUUAAAACAGUCUAUUUUUUGAUUCAUUCAAUGAUUCUUGAAUUUAUGAAUAAUUACCAUGAGUGAAUUUAUCCAAUUUAAAGGUCUUUGAGGAAAUCCAGAGGGGAUGUCUUUUAUAUUUUUGUAUCUUAAUGUAUAAAAAAACAUAUCACAAUAUACAAGAGCAUUAGAUUAACAGAAACAGAAGAAAUAGUGUCAUUAUUAUAAUUAUAACCAUUUCAUUUAAAUAAUGGAAAUCAUAUGAAAAUGAAAAAAAGAGAAGUGGUGGGCAACACCUACUGUUUAUAUUUCAUUUUGGGAAAUAUGUCGUGAAUUAUUGGAAUACCAUUAAUUAAUAUUGUAUUUGGAUGAACAAUCAUUUAUUUGGAAUUGCAUUUUAAAGGUUGUGAAUUAUUUGUAAUAAGUAAUUUGUUUUAUAUUAAUAUCUACUCAAGACAUAUGCAUGUAAUGACAGUCCAUGGAAGAAUCAACAAAAUGUUUAUGAAGUUGGUCAGUCACUGCAACUGACAGAUAGCAAUAUUCAUUACAGCCUGUAGCUAUGAUAAGAGAUCAUGGUCCCCAUGGUGGGUACAGUAAUAACUCCAAUGAUUUGAACAUCUCAUUCCACUAUUUCCAUUUUCAAGAUAUCUUAUUUUCAAAUGCCCAAAUUUGCUUGCUUUUUUAACCCAACUUUUGAAAUUUGUGCUCAAAAUUAGGGAGUUUUUACCAUAAUACAUCCCAAACCUCUGCUUGAUUUGUGAUCUUUUUAUAAAACAUGAAGUAAGCAUGGUUCUGGUUCAGCCCAGGUUACAAUUUAUGUACAGUUGGAAUAGUGAACAAUGAAGUUGCCAAAAAAUGUGGACAAAAGUUUCUGAAUAUUAGAUGCUGUAAACUUUGUAUUGAGCAAUAAUUACAAAAAACUGCAUUUUGGAAGGCGAAACCCCAUCUAAUGGGCUGAAUACAGAAUUCCCCAAGUGUAGUAAGUGCUGAUUGCAAUAUAUAAAAAUGUACACAGCAUGCAGUCAAGCAAUGGACUUACAGAAUGAGAUUUUUUUAAAUGAUUGGUUAUUAAUAGGGGAUUCCAUGCAUUAAAGGUAUCUCUAUCAGUAAAUGUGAUAGUUUUAUUUUCACUGUAUCUCUGUGUAUUUUAAAUUAUGCCGCGCAUUAUAUGCACUUCUACUUUAAUGCAUAAAAAAUUGUAACACGUAGCAAUUCUGUUUUAUCAUGAUUAUUAAUGAUUUGGUUUAAUUAUUGUUAUUGAGAUCAUCUUAAUAUUGAAUAGUUAAUUUAACUUUUAUGUCGUCAUGUUUUUUCUGACUCCAAGUUUUUAAUUCAUAAUUUUCCCAAAGCUGAUGCUGUAUUGUUUACUUACUGAGGCAUUUAUCCGACCAUAGCAUGUUAGAUAUUGUGGAUUUCUUGGAACUAUUUACUGAAGUAAUGUCAACAAAAAAUGUAAUAGUCUAAGAGUUAUAUUACUGUAACCUCACCCAUACUGAACUAUUAGACCAGUUACCAAGCUGGGAAGAAUGUAACUAGCCCCUACAACCCCUACGCUACAGACGUGCAGUCAUGCAUACACUCGUGCUCAUGUGUGCGCACACACGCCUAUUUCAUCACAUCUGUAAGUUCAGUAGCCAAUUAAUAGCCUCGUGUGCGCUUGGUAACUGCCCCCCCCCCUUCGAAACCAUAGUUGGAAUGCAAGAAAUCAGUUUGACAGUGGAGAAAAUGCAUGUGGUAUUUUAAGUUAUCUCUAAUAUCUUUACAAACAUUAAGAGGAUAUAUUUAUUUUUAUAUUUGUGCUGUUUGUUUCAUGGGGAAAUAUUGCAGUAUGUUGAUGUUACUUCUUCAUUCCCGACAAGCUGUUUUUGUUCGUAUGUGCUGUGAUUCAUUUUGCUUUUAGACUAAAUAAAUCCCCUACUGAAAACGAAGACUUGUGCGUGGAACAUUUUAUGAUGUGAUAUAAAUGUAAUUUUAUGUAACAGUCUAAAACGAAUAAUUCUACCACAGCAGAAUAAAAUAUUGUAUGGAUUAACAAUGUCAA